AUGACGUCCGACUGUGAUCAGCACCACUAUGUCGCACUACCACAUCUCGAGGUCAAUCGCGAAGCCAAACAAACCAUUCUCUUGAUUCAUGGUGCUACUGGAGAUGGGACCACUUGGAAUCUUGUAACACCUCAUUUACCAGGUUAUCAUCUGCUCGUCCCUGAUCUUCCUGGUCAUGGCAUUGCACGACAACAUCCUUUCUCCGUCGUACAUGCCUCGAACAUACUCAGCCAACUCAUCCUCGACCGGGCACACAACCGAGUGGUAUAUGUCGUAGGCUUCAGUCUCGGUGCUCAUGUUGCCAUGCAUCUAGUAUCUCACCAUCCAGAAGUCGCAAAUUGUGUCUUGGUGUCUGGUUUUCAGGUCUUUCCCCCAACAGCACUGACCUCCUAUCUACCUCAUGCCAUCUGGCUCGAGCAGCGCAUUGAAUACGCAAUCCCUCAAUCUUGGACUCGCUGGGCCAUGGAUGGCAUCAAUAUUCCGCGUCCAGACUUGAGCAUGUGCACACUUGAUUACAAUCGCCAAGUCUUCGGUCAUUCUGACAGCACUGAACAAUGGCCCAGAGCAUGGCCUGCCCGCACUCUUGUCAUUGCUGCUGGCAAAGGUGGACUCGUCCCGUCAAACGACCGUCCUCAAGACGCCCUGAAAUUGGCUACUAUUGGUCAACACCUGAACAGCGCAACUCGAGCAGUCACUCAUCCAGACAUGCGUCAUCCGUGGAUCUGGCAGGCCCCCGAGCUGUUUGCAGAAACGGUCAGGCUUUGGUUCGAGGAAAGCACUGUACCCGAUGGCUUUGUGUCUUUGGCUAGGGAUCAUUGA